AUGAUAUUCUCUAUCAGUCUUCUUCUUGGCAAGACGGGUGAGUUCCAGCUGUCCCAAGCUCGCCAAGAAGAUUUCUACCAGGUCGCCAUCUCACGAUACUUGCCGCACAUGUUCUCGCUGCCGGAUCGUGUCCUCCACAUCCAGGCCUACCUGCUCCUAGCUAUGCAUGCGCUGUACUCGCCCUCCACAGAGAGGCUCGUCUCGAUCACGUCAACGGCGAUGCGUUACUGCGUCAUGGCGCAACUGCAUCUGGCAGACGCGGAACCAAGAGCGGCCGACGUUGCGGCGAAGGUCGGAAUUCAGCUAAGACGACGAGUGUUCUGGUCCGCUUAUGCUCUCGAUCGGGCUGUCAGCACCAUGUUCCAUCUGCCAUUCUGCAUUCCUGACUACCAGAUCACAACCAAGAUGUAUGCAAAUGUCGACGAUGCCGACUUGUACCGGCGUUGUGAGGCGGCCUUUCCGGACGACCCGCACAGCCAGCCCUCCUACACAAACAUCUCUGCAGCACUACACAUCGUAUACUGCAGGCAGAUCCAGUCGGAAAUACUCAACACCACUCUGCAUCGAGACUUUGAGAAGGACUUCGACCGUCUGCCUAGCUGGCGCCGCCACAUCCUAGAGAAGUUGGACAGGUGGAAGUCUCUCUGCCACCGAUACACAGAAGACGGAGCGAGGCUGUCGCUGGUGCACGAGGAGUGGUUACAUAUCGUAUACAACUACAGCCUUCUCAUGCUCUACCAGCCAAACAGGCAGACAGCCGGUGGUCCUGCGGGAGACUGGACAGUCAAAGCAUGUGUGCAAACCAUUUUGAUCUUUCGCAAGUUUCAAAGAGAAUCAGCGAUCAGCGAAGCUUGGAUGGGCUUGAUAGCCCAGUUCAAAAGUGGCGUUGCCCUACUCUAUUGCUUCUGGGCGACACAGGGCCUAUCACGGUCAGCAGCCUUUGACCCAUCUGAGGUGUCGGAAGCAGUCCGGUGCUGCAGUAUAGUACUGUCUCUCCUUGCAGAGAGAUGGCACUCUACCAAGGUGCUCAGAGACGCGUUUGACAUCCUGGCACGCGAAGUACCCCUCGUCAACUUCGUGGCGAGUCCGAGUCUGCGGCCAAAGAGGAUACGGCCCGAGUCCUCCCAGAAGCUACUCUCUUUGCUAUCAGAGAUCGAGGCUAUCGUCGUGCAUCGCGAUACACUUCGGAUGAUUAGAGAGAUGGCCACUGAGGCAUUUCCAGUCAGCCACCACCAGCAAGCCAGCACACUGCAGUUAACCCAAGAUGCGAUCAAUAAUGAUCCGUCCAACCAGAUUUUGGAGAGCGACGAGUCUCCGAUGGGCACUGCAAUCACUGGCGAUCUGUUUCAGCCAGUCACUCCACACUUCUUCACCCUCGACACUUCAAACCUCGAGCCUGACGAUUUUGAUUACGCAGCGCUGGGAUUCCCGGGCCUCUUCGACCCAACGAUAUGA